AUGGUGAUGGAGAAGCCAAGUCCCCUGCUUGUAGGGCGGGAAUUCGUCAGGCAGUACUAUACUCUGCUGAAUAAAGCUCCAGACUUUUUGCACAGGUUUUAUGGAAGAAAUUCUUCCUAUGUGCAUGGAGGAUUGGAUGCCAGUGGGAAGCCCCAAGAAGCUGUGUAUGGACAAGCGGAAAUCCACAAGAAGGUGAUGUCCCUUCAGUUUAGUGAAUGUCGCACAAAGAUUCGACACGUCGAUGCACAUGCUACGCUAAGUGAUGGAGUUGUUGUCCAAGUUAUGGGUGAACUUUCUAAUAAUGGCCAACCAAUGAGAAAGUUCAUGCAAACCUUUGUGCUUGCUCCAGAAGGAUCAGUCCCAAACAAAUUUUAUGUUCAUAAUGACAUCUUUCGUUACGAGGAUGAGGUUUUUGGGGAUUCGGAAACGGAGCUGGAUGAAGAAUCUGAAGAAGAAGAAGCAGAAGAACCGGAAGAAAGACAGCCAUCCCCUGAACCUGUUCAGGAAAACUCCAACAGUUCUUAUUAUGACCCACAUCCAGUGUCUAAUGGUGUAGAAGAGUCUUUAGAAGAACCCAUUCAUGAGCCAGAACCAGAGCCUGAACAAGAAGUUAAGAGUGAAGAGAUAAAGUCUGAGCCAGAAGAAAAGAAUAUAGAGGAACUUGAGGAAAAGUCUCCCACACCCCCGCCUGCUGACCCCAUUCCUCUGCCCCAAGAACCACCAAAGGCUUUCUCUUGGGCAUCAGUGACAAGUAAAAACCUGCCUCCAAGUGGUACUGUACCAUCUUCAGGAAUUCCUCCCCAUGUUAUUAAAGCUCCUGCUUCACAGUCAAGAACUGAAAGUAAACCAGACAACCAAGUGCAGCCUCCUCGUACUCGUGAGCAGCGUCCACGAGAGCGUCCAACUUUUCAACCAAGGGGUGCCCGAUCAGGCCGUGGAGAAACUGAUCAAGGGGAAACUGAUAACCGCCGCAUGUUCAGAUAUCCUGACAGCCACCAGCUUUUUGUUGGUAACCUACCACAUGAUAUUGAUGAGAGUGAAUUAAAAGAAUUUUUUAUGAAUUAUGGAAAUGUAAUGGAACUCCGGAUUAAUACCAAAGGUGUUGGUGGAAAGCUUCCCAACUUUGGAUUUGUUGUGUUUGACGAUUCUGAGCCUGUUCAGAGGAUUCUGCUGGCAAAACCAAUUAUGUUCCGUGGUGAAGUCCGCCUUAAUGUGGAAGAGAAGAAAACCAGAGCAGCCCGUGAAAGGGAAAUUCGUGGCGGUGAUGACCGCAGGGAUUUACGUCGCAAUGACCGUGGUGCUGGAGGACCCCGUGGAGUCAUUGGAGGUGGAAUGAUUCGGGAUAGGGAUGGAAGAGGCCCUCCUCCGCGAGGGGGAAUGGCACAAAAGCUGAGCACAGGAAGAGGAUCGGGCUCUAUGGAAAACCGCUUCACUAGUCAACGCCGUUGA